AUGGUCAGAUUCGGUUUCAGCUUCGUGCUAGCGGCGGCGGCCGCCCUCCUCGCCGGCGUGGUCUCUGCCGCUCCGGCGUCCGAGCUCGUCCAGGGGCAGGGGGCUGCCGCGUGGCCCAACGGCCCGCUGCGCACCGACGGCCGGUGGAUGAAGGACGCGUCGGGCAACACGGUCACCUACGCCGGCGCCAACUGGCCCGGCCACGGCGAGAUCAUGAUCCCCGAGGGCCUGCAGUACCAGAGCAUCAAGUACAUCGUGACCAAGCUCAAGAGCGUCGGCUUCAACGCCAUCCGCCUGACCUACGCCAUCCAGAUGAUCGACGAGAUCUACGACAACGGCGGCGUCGACAUCCCGCUUGACAAGGCGUUUGUGCAGGGCCUCGGCCAGGCUAACGGCACCCGCCUUCUGGCGCAGUUCCUGUCCAAGAACCCGCAGUUCACUGCCAAGUCAACCCGCCUACAGGUCUUCGAUGCUGUCGCCGCCGAGCUGGCCAAGCAGCAGAUGUACGUCCACCUCGACAACCACAUUUCCACGGGCAAGUGGUGCUGCGGAUCUAGCGACGACAAUGCCUUCUGGGGCGACCUCGCCUUCCAUCCCGGCAACUGGACCCGCGGCCUGGCCUACAUGGCGGCCCACGGAAAGGCCUGGCCUGCGCUGAUGAGCUCGGCGCUGCGCAACGAGCCCCGCGAGCCGUCGUCGGGCCCUGCCAAGGCCAACUACAACUGGGAGACGCUCUACAAGUACGCCAAGCAGGGCGCCGCCGCCAUCAACAAGGCCAACCCGAACCUCCUCAUCUUCAUCUCCGGGCUCAACUACGACACCUUCGUGACGCCCAUCGUGCGCGGCCAGGCGCUCUCGCCGGGCCAGACGCGCUUCGCUCGGAGCGACUUUGCCGGCUUCGAGAACAAGCUGGUGCUCGAGAUCCACAACUACGACAACAACCAGGGCAGCUGCUCGGCGCUCCGGAACAACCUGUACAACAACGGGUUCGAGGCGCACAGCGACUCGGCCGUCAACAAGUUCCCGGUCUUGCUGACCGAGUACGGCUUCGCCAUGGACGCGACGACGUGGCAGCGCGUCUACGCCACCUGCAUCGCGCAAUUCACGGCCGACAACAAGGCCGGCUUCUUCAUCUGGGUCAUCGUCGGCAGCUACUACACCCGCUCGGGCACCCAGGACUUCGACGAGGCCUGGGGCGUGCUGAACCACGACUGGUCCGACUGGCGCAAUCCGUCGUAUGUCCAGAACCAGCUGAUCCCGCAGAUCCGGGGAACGCUGUCCCAGUGA